AUUCGGUUGGUCGAUAUGCAGAGUCGGCGAUACUCGGCCCGUUGGAAGUGGCGAAUAGGUCAUUGCACGGAAGUCGGUUCUUCUCGAUCAGUCGGGUUAGGCUGUUCCUCGUACGAUUGGUUCACUCGUCACUCACCUAUUCAACAUUCCAAGGGCCGGGUCUUCUCACCGCCUCAUCGACAUUAUCGUCUGAUACCACUUGACGACCACACAACGUCAAACGUCACCAUGUUCGCUUGCUCCCGAUUCAUUGCUCCUCUCGCCAGGUCCACCUUGGUCUCUGGAACCAAGACCUACAUCCGGCCUUUGAGCAGUGCGGUGGUCAAUCACAGCCAAAUUCUUCAGCAAAAUCAACUCCAGAGUCCAGUCAGUGUUUCGCCGAUUGUACGUAGCUUCCAAACUUCCACAAUCAGUCGUGACAUUGACUCUGCUGCAAAGUUCAUUGGUGCUGGUGCAGCUACUGUUGGUGUAGCUGGCUCAGGUGCAGGAAUUGGUUCAGUAUUUGGAUCAUUGAUCAUUGGUUAUGCCAGGAAUCCCUCUCUGAAGCAGCAGCUCUUCUCGUACGCCAUCUUGGGCUUCGCCUUAUCCGAGGCCAUGGGUCUUUUCUGCCUUAUGAUGGCCUUCUUGCUCUUGUUCGCGUUCUAAGUCACCAAAAUCGCAUAAGAAAUUACUGAUAGUUUUAGUGCGUCACUACCAAUUCAGCAUCUUCUGGCUCUUAUAAGGCACAGCGGAGGCUGUUAUUGGUACACGAGAUGCCAUGAAAUCAUUAGAGAAGCUCAAGUAUCUGGUUCGACGGGGUGUGCGAUGGUACGACAAUUAAUGGAAAUAUACCUGGCUGGCUGUACACGUAUCGGAUCAUCAAACGGACCGUCCUGACCCCAUCAAACCUUUUAACUUGUUCAUAAUCAUUCAAAGCUUACUGUCUCAUGUAGUGUAAUUCACAUUAUUAUAAAAACCAAUAUGAUGAUAAUGAACAAAAUAAGAUGUUGAUAAACGUUUAUUAAGAAAAGAAAAAACAGUCUCAUUUGCAUACCCAUAUUACACACGUACGUAUUUGUGACAUUAAACAUUGAUAUAAAAGAGUAGUACAACACUUUUGAACAUUUUUUUGUUACUUGGAUAUGGUUCAUUAUUGUUGUGCCGUCGCGUGCGCACGUUAUUGAGGUAUAACUUGACGGAAAAACUGUACAGUGAUAUCGAAUAAACACCUUUGUUGUGAAAUUAUUC